CAAUACCACGAGAACGAUAUUUUUAAUGCAGAUGAAACGGGCAUUUUUUUUUAAAUGUUUACCCAAUAAAACAUUAGCCUUUAAAGGUCAAAAAUGCUUUGGUGGCAAAAACAGCAAGGAAAGAAUUACCGUUAUGGUUGCAAGCAAUAUGAGAGGUUCAGAAAAGUUGAAAUUGCUAGUUAUCGGCAAGUCAAAAAACCCACGUUGUUUUUAGGGUAUAAAAUCACUUGAUGUGGACUAUGAGUACAACAAAAAAGCGUGGAUGACAAGUGAAAUUUAUGAUAAGUGGCUAAAAAAUCUAGAUAAAGUCUUUGUUGCCCAAAAUAGGAAAAUACUACUGUUCAUUGACAAUUGUCCCGCACAUCCUAAAAAUGUACAAGCAAAUUUAAAAAAGAUUAAACUGCAAUAUUUUCCUCCUAAUUUGACGUCUGUUCUACAACUAAUGGACCAAGGGAUUAUUCAAAAUCUCAAGAAAACGAAUUGUGAUGAAAGUUUUGGCCCAUAUGGAAGAACCAACUCCUACGACUGUGUCGUUACUUGAUGCAAUCAGGGAUCUAAACAAAACCUGGAAUUCGGGUGUAAAACCACAAACAAUCAGCAAUUGUUUUAGAAAGGCUGGUUUUGCUAAAGGUGAGUUAAUGCAGAAUGCUACUACGGAUGACUGGGAUGAAGAAGACGAUCUUCCAUUGUCUGAAUUGAAACAAAUUUGGAUCACAUAUCGAACGGCAACGGGAACCGAUAAUGUGUCUUUUGAUGAUUACGUCGAUAUUGACGAUGGUGUGCAAACAAUGGGAUUCCCAACAGAUGAAGACAUUUUAGAUAGCGUCAUGGAAAAUCUAGUUCCUUCUGGAAAAGACUUAGAGGAGGAUGUCUCUAGUGAAAGCGAGGUUGAAACAACAACUGAAACUAUACCCACAUUUAAUCAAGCGUAUUCUGCUAUCCAGACCCUAAGAAAUUUUACUUCGACAAAAGAAAAUGUUCCCAAUGCAGUACAUGCGUCAAUAAAUGUAGUGGAACAUUUUAUAGAGAAAGAGAAAUGGUCCGUAUUUAAACAAAAAAAAAAUUACCAUUUUUUCCAAUAAGAAUUUAUAUACAUUUACUAGCUGACCCGGCAAACGUUGUUUUGCCAUUUAUAUUAUUUCUAGGAAACAUUUUUUUAGUUCAAUAAAAAUAACUAUCUACUACUAAGUGUGCUGGGAGGUACUUAUAAUCGAAAGCAUUAUAAACAAUUAAAGUAUGCUUUAUUUAAGUUAAUAAAUUAAUCCUUAUUAAAGUA